ACUAAAACAUGGCAGUUGCAGCCGCCGUACACGGCGGUUAUCUUCCCUCCAAAUUCCACAGCAUCUCUCAAAAAACAGUCGCACAAAGCAAACCAACGCCGCCUCCACUAUUAAUUUCCACAAACCCUAAUGACGUAAUCCCUAAUCACCUUAAAAAUCUCUAUUCCUUAUGCAACCAUUCAUGUCACCGUUUUCCAAAGCUGAACUCAAAAGGUAAAGUUGAGCCGGUGGAUCUGAACAAGCUUCGAAAAGCGUUACGUCAUAGUUACAUCGUCGUUUCGGUCUUUACCCGUCCCGACUUUGUACCCGGUUUGGUACCCGAAUUGGCUCCGAGUUUAACGGGUAUUGGUGGAGAUUGGAUUGGAAAAGUGGUGCCUGUGACACCGAGUAAUGGAGAAUUGGUUGGUUUUGGACGUGCUGUUUCUGAUUCUGGAUUGACAGCUGCUAUCUAUGAUGUUAUGGUCAUCCCUUCACUACGGAGAAGAGGCAUUGGCAGGAAGAUAGUUCAAAGGAUGUUAAGGAUUCUUGUGAACAGAGACAUUUAUGACAUAGCAGCCCUCUGCUCUGAUCAAGAGAAGCCUUUUUUUAGAGCAUGUGGAUUUGGAGAUGAUGUACUGGCCUCCACUACAAUGAUGUAUACCAGGUCUGCUUCUGCUGAUUCAGAGGAUGAGCAGAUUGUAAAAUAUGCAGGGAAUGCAAAUCCAGUUGGGAAAACCAAGCUCUCAAUGCAUGUUACCACUUGAAUCAGAUCUCCAUGAUUUAGUCUUCCAUUACUGUUGAUCAUGUUUUUGUCAGAGAAAAGCUCCUGGGGACUGUGACUUUGAUUAGGAAAGAAUCUUGUCAAGUACUUGGAGAAUUCUGAGGUUUCGAAGACAAUUAAAGAAGUGGGAAGCUUCAAUUGUGGGAAAAGAACUUGUGAAAAUCUCAGGGAUUUGUUCUCUCAAGUUAGCGUUUGAGGAAAGGGUAGAACCAAGUUCAUAUGCAGGCACAGCCUUCAUAGUCGAGAUAUAGGCCAGAAACAAGUCGCACAUUGUUGUCAUGAUGAAGUUGCAACAUAUCACCAACAAGGAGUGUGGCGGAAUGGUAAGUACUCCUUCAUCCUUAACCAGACGUCUAGGGUUCGAGCCUUGGGCAUGGAGUCGCCUUUGUUAGGGAGCGUUUUACCCUAUAAUGUGGGACUUUUCGGUGCGAAUCAGGAUUUAGUCGGGCCCAAACAUAAUUAAAUGCGAUAGUGAGUUUGAUGGUUGAGCAAAUUAAGUAACUAAAUUGUUUAAAGUUCGUCCAUUUACAUUUGCCAUUAAAAUAUUUGUACAUUAUGAAACACACAACUUGCAACAAAUGUAGAGGCCUAAAAUAUGUGGGCAAUGUAUGUUCGAGUCUUCUCCCUCUCUUUUUUUUUCCUCGAUAUGCAUUGAGUAUUGACUCAAUUAAUUUGAAUUUGCACGGUUAGCUUCACUAAGAAAUUAAAGUGCCUCCUACCAAAAUAUUUUUCAUCCACUCUCUUCCUCUCUUCACUAUUCAAUAUCCAGAAGAGGAGAAAGUAGAAUAGAAAAUUCUUGAAUACAACAACAAAGUAGUAUCAUUCCUCACAAGUGAGAUCUGAGAAGGAUAGUAUGUGUAGACAAUAAAUUUGUGUCGAAAAAAUAAAAUCAAGACCGAAAAUAUCGCAACAAUCGUAGUAUU